GCUCAGUGAAAGCAUAACAGUGGAACAGACCAGUCACUUUCUUGGUAAAAUCCCUGGCCACAGCAGUCCUCAGCGUUCAAGAGAUUAUUACUCACAAUUGUGAUCUUACACGGACCCCGACACAGUGAAAUUGCUAAUUCUUCUCCCCUACUCACUCUUAUCCAGCAAUACCGAGAUAUCAAAUCCAGGGUACGUCGAUGUAGACUGGAUUCCUAGGACCUAUACACAAAUAAUUAAUUUAUCAGUAACAAAUCUAUUCACCAACCACAUAAGAAAAAAAACAUUAUAUUUAUUACCAAUUCAAGAAAAAUAUUGACUAAAUUUAAGGGAGGUCCCACUUUAUGCAUAAUAAAUAAGUUGUAAGAGCAUACUCGUUAGUGAGCAACAACCUGAGGAAUUUGAUACGGCUGCCAAUUCCCAGCCGAUAAUGGGUGAAAGUAUUACAUGGUUAAAGAGCUUGCCAAGCGUUGGUGUCUGCCAGGAGAGAAGGAGAGUAAGAGGCCUGUAAAUACCAACAGCGAGUGAAGUGGUGGUUGUGGUGGUGGGUGAAAGUUGAAGAAAUUCGGUGUUCAGGAUUAGAUAGGCUUUGCUGCGUCUCUUCUCCCUCUCUCUCUCUCUAGAAAACAGCAAUCUGAGGCCGUCAAUAAUGCACGAGCUCCGCCGUACAAUAGAUUCUUGCUCCUCAAUAUCAAGGUAGUCGUGAUUUACAACGUGACCUAUUAUUAGUGGCGUCGAAGGCGACAAUAAGAAAAAUAUCAAAGACAUCAUCACAUCACACACACGAAAAUCUCUGCGUCCCAACUCAUCCUGCAACUCAGUCAGCCAAGGAAAAGGAACCAUUGCAAAGAAACGUUGUGUCUUUGUUGGAACAACUAAUAGGAACUCUGGGGAGAAGUUAUUGCCAUCAUUCCACCUUUGUGGUGCUGUUUUUGAGAAAAGGCAAGAGUCGUCAUUCCAUUGCUACGUGCUCGACAUUUGGGAUGGAAUAAACGCGCUUUUGAUAUUAGUUAGAUGGAAAGAAGACCUUGGUUGGAUGUACAACAUAUUCUGACUUCUCUUCAAAAUAUCGAUCUCUAGGUUAGCGUGCACAGUAGUGGAGACAUGAAUCUGUCUUCUGUAGAAGUCAACACGAGUUCCUAUUUUCCGGUUAAAACUUUGUUAAUUCAAUUCAGGAAUAACAGGACGGAGGGAGUGAGCACAAGAUAAUGAGCUUAAAUAAAUAGGCAGUUGAUUCCUUUGAUCUUGGUCGAGUCGUCAGUCAGCAGCAAACUCAACAUGUGCGUUACUUUCGCCAUCGAAUUAGCUUACUCAUUUAUUGUGUAAUCUAAUACAAUAGUGCCAAAAGAAUCAUUUCUGCUUGGAUACAUCGCUUUGAUGCUGCUGAGUCUCACCCACAUCCACAUGCGCCGACUGUCAUCAUACAUAACAUAAUAAAACGACCUCCAAGUUUUUAAGAUUUUUGUAAGCAAGUCUUCCUACGCUUGUUGGGAGAAAGCGUACAGUAUCGUAGGCAUAGACAGGCUUAUGUAUAUACUUGCAUGUGGCGACUUUGGCAACGAGGACCUCACCACAAAUGGCCAAUGAACAAGAAGAAACUGGCGAUUUUCUCUUGAAAAACUUUCUCCCUGUUGAAAAUGUCAAUAACCAAGUGGAAGGAGCAGCAAGUUUGGAAAGCACUCAUUCGAGUGAAAGUGGUGCUUCCAGCCUCCUAACUCAAAUUGAAGCCAUAUCUUUGUCCAAUGUGAUUGAGAUUCCAGCUUCAACUCGGAAUCAAACAAAAUCAGCAGCAGAUGCCAAAGACGGCGAAGGAGGAGAUCCAUCUUCCUCGCUCGAGUUUCAUCAUAUCACCUCCAGUACCAACACCACUACUAAAACCACUACCACUCUAGUCAAUUAUGGUAUGGAAAGUGGGGUUGAAGAGGACAUUCAGAAGGAAACCAAUUCCGCAGCCACCACUCCCACAGCCCAUGAUGGCAAAAAGUCAAUAUCCGCCAGUUUUGAAAGAGACGAGGAGAUGGAGGAACAAUGUGGUGGUGGUGACCAGGAUGACGAUCUGGAUCAAUCGUAUGAGGAUGACACCCUUUCUUCGGAAGCAGUCGUUGAUGACAUUGAGCUAAUUUUAAUGCCAGAAACAGUUCAAGAUUUCCCAUCUGCUGAUUUGUCACCUCAACUUGUGAGGGUUACUGAGCUUAAAAGACCUCUGCUCGACUAUGACACAGAUGUGUUUGAUGAUGAUGAUGAGCGGAGAUCCGACCAAGAAAGUGAUUUCCAAAAGUUUGGAACUGAUGAUGAAAACAGUGAGAUUUCGGGAUCUGUCUCGUCAAGAUCUAAAUUGCGUCGGCGAGUCCUUUUAGCGUCUUCCUCCCUGGGAGGAGGUGAUGAUGAUGGCAAAGAGGGGUUAAGUAGUGGUCGACGAGAUUAUAUGGGACAGUCAGAUCAGCAGAAAUCCGGUAGGAAAGUUAGUUGUGGAGCACAAACUGAAAUAACUGCAUUAGAGACGACCUCCAGCUCCAAUCCGUUUGAAUUAAAACAACGACGGCCUGUUGGGAAAUCAUCCACAAAAAGCAGUGGCCUAGGCCUAGGACCCACGGGGAAGCGUCGUCUUAACUGGAAAAGUGAGCUAACACUGCUCCCAUCCAAGACAAAAAUUAGAACCAGUGGAUUUAGUGGAUACGAGCCGAUGAAUUACCAAGAUCAAUACUCACCAAGAGUGGCCAAGUUUACGAGUCAGGACACGUUGAGCUCUAGCUCCCAGUUUCUGAAGCCCAGCACAUUGUACAGGACAAGAAAUCUGUCGAGGAAUCUAAAUCAAUCCUCUGAUUCCACAUUGGCAUUGACUGCAGCUGGCCUGCCCUCGACCUCAGAGUCUGCACGGAAUCGAGACAGAAUGUCUUCAUCGACGUCCUCCAACUUCAAGGAAUCCUAUUCUUCGUACCACAUAAGUUCCUCGAUAUCAAGAAGACAACAGCAACCACCACCACUGACUUCAGGCCACUCAGUAAGCUUCCGCUCCAGUCUCCCAGAUAUUAGUUCUUCUCAAUCUGGCCAUAAAGGACCCAGGCAAAGUUUCAAAUCCAUGAAACAGAACAAAUUCUCUGGUGGAUGCCGCAAAAAGUCCUCCAGCGACGACGAGACUUCCUCAUUGAUUGACGAGUCUGAGAGAUGCUUGAGGUCUAGCAUUGAUUUGCUUUUAACUGAUGAUCUUCCAAGUCCAGGAGCAGAUUUUACAACUAGAUCCACGGGUUUUGGGGGACGAAGCAGGGCUUCGUUUGGAUACUACUCCUCAGGACGUUCACACUCGCAACCUAUUUUAAUGGACGACGGAGAUUGUGGUGACCUUCGCGAUGUCACGAUGGGCAGCCCUUUCCUCCCGAGAAAAUUAAGUGACAUGAGGUGUUCUCGAAUUGCCAAGGUGAUUUUACCCAGUGGACAAGUUGCGGUUGUAUCGGUGAAAGAAAUGGACGAGAUGCGAGACACGCUAACUGUGCACACUGAUACCGGAUGUGUUUUAAGUCUACCCUUUCGGAAAGUCGUUUUUGCUUGGAAAAUUACCCGCUGAGCUGAGCUGAAACUAAUGGUACUGAAAAGUAUAAUGCUUGGAAUAAAUGCGUAUACAUAUACGAUUACUGUGCUUGGACAAUCGCAGAAAGUUAAAAGUCUGCAAAAAUAAUGUUGACGACUUGAAAAGUUAUAUCAUUAAAAUAAAUUAUUUAAAAAAUUCGAUUGA